UGCGGGACAGAAGCCGCUGGAUCUGGUCGCAGGGGCGGGGCAAGAAGCGCAAAUCAUGCUUCAUUUCCCCUGCCUGGGUGCUUCACAUAUUAUGUCAAAAAUAAAAUCAGUAUCCUUGAAUAGUUAGUGGAUGCUCUUGAAAGUAGCACAGAUAAUUAUGUUAUCAGGGAUCACUGUCCUGUUUUUUAAAAGGCUCAGGAUCUAAUCAGAUUAGUUUGGAUUUAAAUUAGUAUCCACAAGGGCAUUUCUCACAGCAUGUGUAAUAAGAGUUGAACUGAUUAAAAAUAUUGGCUGGAGUGGUGUGUAGGGAAAAUGGUUAUUUUAGAAGGAAUGUUUUUACAUUGUGACAUGCUGUAACAAAUGUGUUUUGAUCCCACUCAUGGUGAAAUCAUUGGGUGUUUUCCUGUUGAUUUCAGUGAUAGCAGGACCACAGGGAAUCGCACAGGAACCAGUUCUGUGUGGGUGGUGGAGGAGGGACAAUUCCCUCUUUCUCACCCUCUCCCCCAUUUAUUGACAGAGUGGAGGAAAGCACCACAGCCACUAUUCCAGCCCUGUGACUGGAGAAGGAGCCACUGCACCUUUGUACCCUCGGUGGAUUCAUGGCCCCUGAUUCCAUAUAAUCACAGAUGCUGUGGCCACAUAUCCCCUAAUUUACAAAACAAAAAAGUGUAAAACAUGGUACCUCCAGUUGGAAACACUGAACAAAAUCUGUUUUGAAACAUGUUUUGGGUGCAGUUCUUUUCUAGGCAUGCCUCUGUGCAGAAGAUUUUAGCAAUAAGCAGUGUAACCAGAUGCACUUCAAAUUCAGUUAAACACGGCCGGUCUGUGUGGUUAAGAAGCAUUUUCUUUAACUCUGUCAAAUACUAUCCCACUAAAUUAGUUCUGGGAAUUGAAACCAGUUGUGAUGAUACAGCAGCUGCUGUGGUGGAUGAUACUGGCAAAAUCUUAGGAGAAGCUCUACAUUCUCAAAAUGAAGUCCAUUUAAAAACAGGUGGGAUUAUUCCUCCAGUGGCACAGCAGCUUCACAGGGAAAAUAUUGAGCGAAUAGUAAAAGAAACACUCUGCGUCAGUGGAAUCUCUCUCAAUGAGCUCUCUGCUGUUGCAACUACUGUAAAGCCAGGACUCGCUUUAAGUCUCGGCGUGGGAUUAGAAUAUAGUUUAAAAUUGGUGGACAAGUAUAAAAAACCUUUCAUCCCUAUCCACCACAUGGAGGCACAUGCACUUACAAUUAGGCUGAUAAACCAAGUGGAAUUCCCUUUCUUAGUUCUUUUAAUCUCUGGAGGCCACUGUAUCCUGGUAGUAGCACAAGGAGUUUCAGAUUUUCUUCUGCUUGGACAGUCAGUGGAUAUAGCACCAGGAGACAUGCUUGACAAGGUAGCAAGAAGACUCUCUCUAACAAAGCACCCAGAGUGCUGCAGAAUGAGUGGUGGGAAAGCUAUAGAGCACUUGGCCCAACAGGGAAACAGGCUGAAUUAUGAACUCGGAGCUCCCAUGCGACAUCAUCCUAACUGCAAUUUUUCCUUUUCUGGACUUCACUCCAAUGCCACUAGAAUAAUUAUGCAAAAAGAAAAGGAAGAAGGUAUUUUUCAAAGUAAGAUAUAUACAAAUUGUACACCUGACCUGUGGUUAUAUUUGCAAAAAACCCUUUUGCUCACAAUCUCUUUAGGUUUACAGGAGGGACACCUCCUGUCCUGUGUUACAGACAUUGCUGCUGCAGUACAGCAUGCAGUAGCACUUCAUAUUGCCCAGCGAACACACCGGGCCAUUCUAUUCUGCAUAAAAAGUGGCAUCCUAUCACAACCAAAUGCAACUUUGGUUGUAUCAGGAGGAGUUGCAAGUAAUCAGUAUAUCCGAAGAGCUCUGCAAAUUGUAACAGAUGCAACUAACUUCAAUUUGCUGUGUCCUCCUCCCAGACUCUGUACUGACAAUGGUGUUAUGAUUGCCUGGAAUGGUAUUGAAAGGAUGCGUGCAGGUUUAGGUGUGUUACAUAGCACAGAUGGCAUACGCUAUGAACCAAAAGCUUCUCUUGGAAUUGAUAUCUCAGAACAAGUUGGAGAAGUUUCCAUCAAGGUACCAAGUCUAGAAGUCUCCCUAAAUGAACUUUCAACUAUCAACUUAUAACACAUCCAGUUUGGGAAUUAUUGUUCAUGGCUGUUAUUAAAAUGUUUAUGUUUCCUA